ACAUGAAAUCUCCAGUAAUGCGAUGCCAAAGCAGCUUGUUAAACUCCAGAAGAGCGCUGUGUGACCUGACGGAACUUCUUCUUCAAUUCAGCGCCUCAUCAUCUUCACUUUCCACUUGAUGAUAAUCUCUCUUGGGAGCUCGUUUGUGCCAAGCGCGUCUUCUUCUUUUUUUUCUUUUUUUUCCUUUUUACAUCUCUCGCAAGCAAAGUUUGAUUUUCAAGAAAAGUGGAAAUGAAUAACACCGGGUUCAACCAAACGGAGGGCGGGCUGCUCAACAAGACGGAGGAGUUCUUCUGCUGCAACUUUUCGUCCGUGGUGACUGAUAACGGCUUUGUGGCCGCCGCUCCGGAUGAGAGAAGCCUCUUCAUCAUGAGAGUGGUCCAGAUAGCCGUCAUGUGCGUUUUGUCCCUCACGGUGGUGUUCGGCAUAUUUUUCUUGGGUUGCAACCUUCUCAUAAAGUCAGAGGGGAUGAUUAACUUUUUAGUAACGGACAGGAGACCGUCCAAAGAAACGGAGGCGGUCAUUGUUGGAGCCUACUGACUG